CAGCGGAGCAGCAGCAGCAGCAGCAGCAGCAGCAGCAGCAGCAGCAGGAGCAAAGCCACUUCUUGCGGCGGCCGGAGCGGCGGCUGCGCACAGAGCCCUCGAGGGCCCCCACCAGCAGCAACUUUUUUAUGCGGCUGA